ACAGCAUUUUUAUAUGUUGCGUUAAUAAAAUACACUCACUAACAUAUUUUCAAGUGCGACUGCGAAGAUGUUUUGAGUUAAUUUUCAUAAGUGUGUUGUAUAUUCGACGAUUGAAUUUAUUUUGAACGAUUCGACAACUCUACACCGUAUCUAACAAACUGCAAUUAACAGAGGAAACACACGCAUUGAUUCCGCAUAAACAAUUGUUAUUAUUAGCCGCGUUUUCACCGACGUUUGGUGCUAAAUUAUUAUUAUUUGUUUUUCUUUUUCUGUGUUUCAAGUGGUGACAAAUUGGUAGUGCUCUUAAUAUUGUUAAAUAGUUUGAGUGUUGCGACGGUCGCACAGAAAAUACACAAAAAAAAAAAUAAUAUAUAAAAAAAAAAUAUAUAAAGUUGUUUCCUAAUUGAUAACAGCCGGGGCGAAAAGCCAGUGGAAAAGCAGCGAAAAUGGCGUUGAAAAUGUUGGUCGGUCAGAAGAUCAUGAACGAGGUGGUGAAGUUCAAGCCGCCACCGCCGAAGAAGGCGGGCGCUGCAGGUGCCGCAAAGGCCGUCGGGGCAGGUGGCAUAGAGUGGCGUGUCCUGGUUGUGGAUAAGCUGGGCAUGCGAAUGGUCUCUGCCUGCACAAAAAUGCAUGAGAUCAGUGCCGAGGGCAUAACCUUGGUCGAGGACAUCAAUAAGAAGCGUGAGCCGCUGCCCACAAUGGAUGCCAUCUAUUUGAUAACCCCAUCGGAUGAAUCGGUGCGUUCGCUGAUUCGCGACUUUGAGAAUCCGGCACGUCCGAUGUACCGUUAUGCGCACGUCUUCUUUACCGAGGCAAUACCGCCCCGCAUAUUUGAAAUGCUCCAAUCGCACAAAGACAUUUGUCGAAGAUAUGUGCGCACCUGCAAAGAGAUCAAUAUUGCCUUUUUGGCCUAUGAAGCACAGGUCUUCUCACUGGAUUCGCCGGACACGUUCCAAUGCUUGUAUUCGCCGGCGUUUGCCUCCAUACGUGGCAAGCACAUCGAGCGAAUUGCCGAGCAGAUAGCGACACUCUGUGCCACCUUGGGUGAAUAUCCGAAUGUGCGUUAUCGCAGCGAUUGGGAGCGUAAUGUCGAUCUGGCUGCGUCGGUGCAACAGAAAUUGGAUGCCUAUAAGGCCGAUGAGCCGACAAUGGGCGAGGGACCCGAAAAGGCGCGCUCCCAACUCUUGAUCUUGGAUCGUGGCUUCGAUUGUGUCUCCCCAUUGUUGCACGAACUAACGCUGCAGGCAAUGGCCUACGAUCUAUUGCCGAUCGUCAAUGAUGUGUAUCGUUAUACGCCCGGUCCCAAUCAGGCGGACAAGGAGGUGCUGCUCGAUGAGAACGAUGAUUUGUGGGUGGAAUUGCGUCACGAGCAUAUUGCUGUCGUUUCCACACAGGUUACCCAGAAUCUGAAGAAGUUCACCGAUUCCAAGCGCAUGAGUUCCACUGACAAGUCCUCAAUGCGCGAUCUAUCGCAGAUGAUCAAGAAGAUGCCGCAGUAUCAAAAGGAGCUCUCCAAGUAUUCCACCCAUUUGCAUCUCGCCGAGGACUGCAUGAAGUCCUAUCAGAACUAUGUGGACAAAUUGUGUCGGGUCGAACAGGAUCUGGCCAUGGGCACCGAUGCCGAAGGCGAGAAGAUCAAGGAUCAUAUGCGCAACAUUGUACCCAUUUUGCUGGAUGCGAAUGUUUCCAACUACGACAAGGUGCGCAUCAUUUCGCUCUAUGUGAUGAUCAAGAAUGGCAUUUCCGAGGAGAACUUGACCAAGUUGUUUACACACGCACAGCUGUCGACCAAGGAUCAGGAUAUGGUGCGCAAUCUCAGCUUUUUGGGCAUCAAUGUGAUUGCAGAUAGUCGCAAGAAGAUUUAUUCGGUGCCGCGCAAGGAGCGUAUAACAGAAAGCACCUAUCAGAUGUCACGUUGGACGCCAGUGAUUAAGGAUAUUAUGGAGGAUUGCAUUGAGGAUAAGCUCGAUACACGUCAUUUUCCAUUCCUCGAGGGACGCGCCCAGAAUACGAAUUACCAUGCACCGACUAGCGCUCGCUAUGGCCACUGGCACAAGGACAAGGCGCAGACGCAGGUGAAGAAUGUGCCGCGUCUGAUAAUCUUCAUUGUCGGUGGCGUUAGCAUGUCCGAGAUGCGUUGCGCCUACGAGGUGACCAAUUCGGUGCGCAACUGGGAGGUGCUAGUCGGCUCAUCGCAUGUUCUAUCGCCUGAAAUCUUUCUCAGCGAUUUGGGCAGCCUCUCCAAGGAGGAUUAAAGCGAAUCCCCAAUCCCAAUCCCUCCCCCUCAACACAAAAACGACGAAAACCCAUACAAAUAACCAGCAAAAAGAAAAUUAAAACCAGCAGAAAACUCGAACCCAACUAUGCUUAUUAUACAUCUAGCCAAUCUGUAAUUUGUUAUUCGAUAAUACAUAUUCGUAAAUUCGUAUUCGUUGUCAACACUUUAGUUCCCUUAAACUCUAUACUUAUAAUAUGACAAAUUUGAAUAAAUUAUUCAUCAUUAUGGCUCACCCUACACAGGUGGUUACAUAAAUAUAUAUAUAUAUAGGACUAUAUAUAGUAGUGCACCUCUUCAGCUAACUAACCCACAGAUCAAAAGAACAAUACACACACACAUACUUAACCAAAAUUAUUAUAUACAUAUAUGGUAUAUAUACAAUAUUUACAGAUAUACACAGUCCAAUAUGUAAUCUGUAAUCCAAAUAACAUAACAUACUUAAGUAAUUCACAGCUAUAUGCAUCUAUAUAUAUAUAUAUACAUAUAUAUAUUUUUCAGCUAUUUAUGUGUGUCAACUCGUUUAUUAAUUUAUUGUUCGACAGUUUAAUGUUAUAACCAAACAUAUACCGAAAUGAUCUACAACUUUAUUAGCUCUUUAAAUCUCAGUGGAGUGAAAAAAAAAUAUAAUAAAAACAAAAAUAUUGUUUGUUGUUUAUGUACAUCACAAAUUUGAAAUUAGUAAAAUGUAGUUAUGCUAUAACCGAUAUUCAGUUUAAAGAAAUUACAAAAAAAAAAAAAAAAAACAGAAUAUCUGGUACCAGAGUUGUACUUACAGCUUUACAGAGGCGAAUUAUGUUAAAAUGCUAGUCCCCUGUUAAGCAAUAACAACAUUAUGUUAAUGCUUUGUACGCUCUCGAUGUUACAUUCAAUUAUCGAACAAAAUUGUUUAUCGAAAUUGCAUUCGAUCUAGCACCAUUAACAUAUACAAAUUCUAAAACUUAACAGUAAAGAUGUUAACAGUAUGUUAUAGAGCUUGUAUGCUCGCUAUGUUAAUUUCGUGUAUCGAAUUCAAUAUACAGCAAGAUAGGAUGAUCGAUAGAUAAAUCGAUUGACACACAAAUACACAGAUGCACACACACAUUUAUAUACACAGGACACUUAACAUUUAGAUCAGAUACAACGCAAUGGCGGUUCGCGAUGAUAAAACUUGUGAUUCGAGUUUCGAAUUUCGAACUUCGAUUAGAAAAUGAAAACACAAUUAAUUGCAUAACAGCAUUAGCUUAAAAUUUUUGAAAAGCAAUAUAUUUAAAUUUGCAAAUAAGUUUGUUACAGUCUUUCAAUUGAAACCAAUAUUGUGCGCCUUCCACAAAACUUAAGAACUCAACAAUAAGAGAAACUCAACUACGUGUAUUCGAAAUCAAAUGCAACAUAAACCUUUUUGAUGCAAUUACAUUUUUUCAAACUAACAACAAAAAUAUUAAAAAAAAAGCUUUAAAUCAGAUUUAGCUUACGAGAAUAAAUAGUAAACAACUUAAAAAA